CCCGUCUUAGCCGAAGCUUGCUUUCUCUAGCGGAUGUGGUAAACCCGAAUAUUAUGAUUGGAGUAUUACCAAAGGUGAUAUUUUAUUUCCAUUUCCUCAUGGCCAAUACUGCCGGAGCUCGUGUGCACUUCCAUUUCCAAUCAACUGUGAUCUUACCUACCACGCUACCGUAGGUCAUAAGCAUGUGGCAAUAGCUCCAUUGGAUUUCAUGCAAGAAAGCCCUCUCCCCCACUUGAAAAGGUGGCUACAAUCAUUGGUGCUUACCAACACACAUCCUGUUCUCAAAAAUGACAAAGCGGCAGCUGACGUGGUCAAAGAUACCUUGCUGCGUCGUAGGUGCGGUGUCAAUUUUCAGGCGGGAGGCCAUUGCGUGACCGCUAUCACGCCCAGUAUUGAGAAGCUGUGACCCAAAAAAAAUGUCAGCGUUUCUCUUUCUUAUACAAAAUGGUAAUGCAAGCACAACAACUCGAAGGCGAUCCCAUGAUAGAGCCGGAAAUGCCCAAGAAUCUACGAAAAGACACAGCAGACAGUCUUUCCGAGUUUUUUGAUGAGCCUUUGGACAUGGCCAUGCCUGACUGGACGGCCAGCUCUGACUUUGUAUCGGACAACGACUUUGACAUGAUUGAUAUGCUCUCCGUUGCCAUUGAUCAAGUGACAGCUCAGAUCAACGAGAAGAAACAGGAGUUCCGUGCCAAAUCCAAUCAAUGGAAGAGCAAAACUACUGAAACGCUGCGCUCGCAAACAAAACGGUUGGAGAUAAAAAGGUCAGAACUCCAGCAGCGACUGAUAAAGCAAUACGCUUCCAUCAACGACCGUAUGAAUCGAGAUACAAAGACUGUUCAGCUGCGUGACAAGUUUUCGUUUGUAGUGGGUGUUGGAAACGCCUGUGUAUCUCCUGUUGUGGUCGCUCGUUUCCCCGACUGGGUUCCUAUCUAUUAUACCCUGCAAUCUGCAUAUCUAUUUCCUCUACGCAUAUUCAUCUACAAAUCGCGCGGAUGGCACUAUUUUAUUUUCGAUUUAUGUUACUACGUUAAUGCACUUGCGCUAUUGUAUAUCUGGGUGUUUUCGUCCUCCAGAUAUCUCUUCAUAUCCGUCUUUUGUUUAUCCAAUGGUCCGGUUGCCUGGGCCAUCAUCACAUGGAGAAACAGUCUUGUCUUUCACUCCUUGGAUAAGGUAACGUCUGUGUUCAUUCACAUCUUCCCAGCUCUUGUCAGCUACGUGAUUCGAUGGAUGCCCGAACUGGCUUCUAGCACGAGUGUGCCUAUCAUGACCGCAUACCGUGACAAGCGCUUUCCUGCAUUGAGCGGAGAAGAUAACAACAUGUCACUGAAAGAGUGUAUGGUCAUAUCCACCCUUGUCUACAUUAUUUGGCAAACCCUCUAUUUCAUCUUCAUCAUGGUGCAACGACGAGAGAAAGUCGAAAAGGGUUUGCGCUUGACGUCGUACUCAUGGCUAUUGGACGAUCGACAUGGUAGAAAGGGCAUUAUUCAAAAGGCAGCAUUCGCUCUGGGUGCUCAAUACAAGCUUCAAAUGUUCAUGCUUCUUCAGCUCACCUACAACAUGUUCACGGUUCUCCCCACGGUAUUCCUCUAUCAACACUUCAAGCUUCAUUCAGCGUUCCUCAUCAUUAUGUUUGCCGUUUCCGUCUGGAAUGGAGCUAGUUAUUACAUUGAAGUGUUCUCACGACGAUACAUUCUUGAGGUAGAGAGGAAGAGCGCAAAGAAAGCCGCCAGCGAGUCAGAACUACUUACCAAGAAGGAGGAAGAACACAAGCAACAAGAUGUCACGGAAGAGACAAGUGAAAGCCAACACUUGAAGUCAAUCUAGAGAGCAUUUGACUUUCACUCUGUCCUAUUUACAUACGCCUUUGUAUAGUGUAUAAACAUUUAUAAAAUAUAAAUAUACAUUCUAUCGUCAUUUUGUAUACACUUGCAAGGAAAAAUAUAACUCAUUCAC